AUGCCUCGCGUUAAGAAACCAGUUAUAAAAAAGAAGAAGCGUGUUGUGGAAGCUUCUUGGCGCUCAACACGCAAAACGACUACCUCAGAAACUCCUUCAACAACUGCAACCUCUGACGUGGAAGGUGAUAUCACCCAACGUACUGAGCCAGUGGAGACCCGUACUUCUCCCGUUCCAAAGAAGAACUCAGAUGCAAAGGUGGUGGUUGCCGAAGUCACCGACGAUAAAGUUGAUUCUGUCCCCGAAAUUGUUGUGCCUUCCAAAUCUCCCAAAAAGUCAAAGAAGACCAAACCUUCUAAACUUGAGGGGGAGAAGUCGAAGAACCUCAUAAGUUGCUUCCCUUUCUUGUGGUUAUUCAUUCCAUUGGACCUCAGAAUUGGUGAUGAACUUGCACCAUCUUUCAAGCCUUUGACUUUAUCGGGAAAGAAGGUUAAACAAAAGGUUCCUAACUUUUUCAAAGCCUCUGAUGUAACCUCCGUGCUAGAUAAAAUUCGUUGUACAACAGGCUACCUUGUUUGCCAAUUUGGAGAAAAGGAUAGCUGA